AUGCAACUCAAGAUACCGAACAGUAGCCUGCUCAACCAUGAAGCAGUACUGUUACUCAAAGAUGCGUUGAAAAGCUUCGACGAGUUUUAUGGGGCCGGGGCAAUGAGUUGUGCCAUUUAUGACACCGCCUGGGUGUCCAUGGUCACCAAGCCAGAUACCGGAGCAAGAAUAUGGCUCUUCCCGGAGAGUUUUCGAGUCCUCAUGGAAGAGCAAAAUACCGACGGAAGCUGGAGUUCCGCAGCGUCUCAGAUUGAUGGCAUACUCAACACAGCGGCCGGUCUCCUCAGUCUUGUACGACAUGCCGCGGAGCCACUCCAAAUCGCCAUUUCUGGAGAAGACUUGGUGGGACGUAUUGAACUCGCCACAGCGUCCCUGAAACAUCAGUUGGAUGCUUGGGAUGUAUCUCUAACUCUACACGUGGGCUAUGAGAUUAUCCUACCGUCGUUGCUCCGGUUGUUAAAGGAGGCAGGGGUGGAAAUAGGUCAAUGGCGCGGGGAAGAUGAGUUGAUGGCCGUCCAUGCUGCCAAAAUGUCACGGUUCAAACCCGAGUUUCUAUACGGCAAGACGCAGUUGACAGCGCUCCAUUCGCUCGAGUCAUUUGUCGGCCUCAUUGACUUUGACAAGGUCACGCAUCACAGAUAUCACGGUGCCAUAAUGUCGUCGCCAUCUGCAACCGCGGCUUUUCUGAUGAAUCUGUCAGCGUGGGACGAUGAAGCAGAACAAUAUCUCAGAAAUGUUGUGGCUCGGGGACCCGGCAACGGUCGCGGCGGUGUUCCAAGUGCUUUCCCUUCCACCAACUUUGAGUACACGUGGAUACUCUCCACCCUAAUCCAGGCCGGGUUCACAGCAGAUGAUUUGAAGUCCCCCGAGCUGGAGAAAAUGGCCUCCAUAAUAUACCGAUCCUUAAAGGAGAGUGGAACCAUAGGCUUCUCGCCUGGUAUCGAGGCCGACGUCGACGACACAGCCAAAGCCUUGAUUUGCCUAGGUUCGCUUGGUUACAGCACCCCAAUAGACGGCAUGAUCAAGGCCUUUGAAUGCGAAACCCACUUCCAGACAUAUCCCAAAGAGAGGGAUCCAAGCUUCAGCGCCAACUGCAACGCUCUUCUUGCUCUGUUGUGCCAAGCAGACCUGUCGAGUUUCUCGGCCCAGAUCCUGAAGGUGGUCCGAUUCCUGUCCGAGACCUGGUGGAAUACCGAUGGUCCUAUCAAAGACAAAUGGAAUUUGUGUCACUUAUAUCCUACAAUGCUUAUGACCGAGGCGUUUAUCAGACUGCUAGCGAUCAUUGAUGAAGGGCGCUUGCCUUCGGAUUUCCUCGCCGAAGAGUUGAGGUCCAAGGUUGCCAUUGCCGUUUUUCAGGCAGGCUUACGGACCAUGACUGAGCAGAAAGAGGACGGAUCCUGGAGCCAGUCGGUCGAACAAACUUCGUACGCUGUCUUGAUCCUAUCAGAAUCGCGCAGGCUACGACACUUUGAAUUCAUACAGUCAGACAUUUCGGACUCAAUUAAGAGAGCAACUUACUUUCUUCAAGACGCAGUCAUCGCACCGGACCUUCUCUGGAUCGAAAAGGUCACGUAUUCGUCCCUUCUCCUGACCAAGUCAUACAGACUAGCUGCUCUAAAAGCAGCGAUUACCUCGCCUAAAAUCGUUGGACGCGGCAUUCCAUUGGACAUCACAGAACGAAAGAUCUCGGGGUACCACCAAAUGUACAACAAGACGCCCAUGUUCUCAUCCACACCUGCAUGGCUGAUCCGCGCAUCACUCAUCGAAGGCAGUCUCUUCUUGCCCCUGCUCAGGACACGUCACCUGGAGAUAUUUCCCCGGAGGGACAUGGAGGAGGACAAAUACUUUGAGAUCGUGCCUUUUACAUGGACUGGCUGCACUAACCGAAGAGCUGCCUUCUCAUCGCCUGCUUUCUUAUAUGACAUGAUGAGGAUCGCCAUCCUCGACUAUCAGGCUGACGAGUUCAUGGAGGCCGUAGCUGGAUCCUGGUUCUCCGAUAACUUGCCGAAGCUCGUCGAGAUUAUCGAAGAUCUUUUCAGAGUGCCACGGGACGUCAACGGUAUCAAGGCAGUGAAUGGGACGGAAAACGGGGUAACCAAGCCCAUUGACACAAACGUAUCCGCCACGGAUGGAGAGACCGCAGAGUACGUCGAUGCCCGAGAGUGCAUGCGUCGAUUCGUCAAACACGUGAUGGAGCACCCCUCAGUCGUGGCGGCGAGCUUGGAGGACAAGGAGAACCUGCGUCGCGAGUUCCGGCUGUACUUCCUGGCCCAGGUGGACCAGAUCAAGCACAACCAGCGGUUCGGCGCCCAGGACCAGCAACAGCGAUACCUGUCUCCACAAACUUCCUUUUUCCAAUGGGUCAAGGAAACGGCGGCACGUCACGUCGCGUGCCCGUUUACUUAUGCGUGGGCACUGUGCGUGGUGCCGUACGCGGUAGGGAACAUGAGCAGGUCGCAGGACGGGCCGUCCGAUUACUUCACCACGGCCGAGGAGAAGUACUACGCCGCAGACAUGUGCCUUCACCUGGCGACCAUGUGCCGCAUGUACAAUGAUCACGGAUCAGCGGUGCGCGACGGCCUGGAGAAGAACGUCAACUCGCUGCACUUCCCCGAGUUCGCUCGGACGCAGGGCGGCUCGCCGCCCAAGGAUGCACUUUUCAAGUUGGCCGAGUACGAGAGGAGCUGCUGGCAGACGGCGCUCGCGCGGUUGGAGGCAGCGCCCGCUCUAGAGCCGAACUUUUCGGUCCGAAGAAUCAAGGAGCGAAGGAUGGCUGUCUUGCGUACAUUCAUGGAUACUGUUGAUCUAUACGGGCAGAUAUAUGUUGUCAAGGAUAUUGCGAGCCGUAUGGUUCCAGCUCAGCCUCUGCAGUAGUCACGAGGUAAAUACAUUGCCUCAUUAGUUUGGCUAGAUUUACCUAGAGAAUGCCGAGGGGCGUAAUAGAGAAUGUGUCAGAACAAU